AUGUCUGUUGCUGAUCACACUGAUGACCUUAUUGAUUACGAGGAAGAGGAUGAACAAACCAUCCAAAAUGAAACUGCUGCUGCUCAACAAACUGAUUCUUUAGCUGCUGAUGAUGAAGAUAAAAAAGACAAAAAAGGUUCCUAUGUCGGUAUUCACUCUACUGGUUUCCGUGAUUUCUUGUUAAAGCCUGAACUCUUAAGAAGUAUCGUUGACUGUGGUUUCGAACAUCCUUCUGAAGUUCAACAAGAAUGUAUUCCUCAAUCUAUUUUAGGUAUGGAUGUUCUUUGCCAGGCCAAGUCUGGUAUGGGUAAAACAGCUGUCUUUGUUCUUGCUACUCUUCAACAAAUUGAACCUGUAAAUGGUGAAGUCUCUGUCAUUGUUCUUUGUCAUACACGUGAAUUAGCUUUCCAGAUUAAGAAUGAAUAUGGUCGUUUCUCAAAGUAUUUGCCUGAUAUCCGCACUGAAGUGUUCUAUGGUGGUGUUCCUAUGAGUAAAGAUGUCGAGAUUUUGAAGGAUAAGAACAAGUGUCCUCAUAUCCUUGUUGGUACUCCCGGUCGUGUUCUAGCUUUAGUUCGUGAUAAACAUCUCAAAUUAGCUAGUGUUAAACACUUUGUUUUAGAUGAAUGUGAUAAAAUGUUGGAACAACUUGAUAUGCGUCGUGAUGUUCAAGAUAUUUUCCGUGCUACUCCUCACCAUAAACAAGUUAUGAUGUUCUCUGCUACAUUAGCAAAGGAUAUGCGUCCUGUUUGUAAGAAGUUCAUGCAAAAUCCUCUUGAAAUCUAUGUUGAUGAUGAAGCCAAAUUGACUCUUCACGGUCUUCAACAGUUCUAUAUUAAAUUAGAUGAAAGAGAAAAGAAUCGUAAAUUAAACGAUCUUUUAGAUACUUUGGAAUUUAAUCAAGUUUGUAUUUUUGUUCGUUCUGUUGCUCGUGCUAAUGAAUUGAAUCGUAUCUUGACAGAUUGUAACUUCCCAAGUAUCUGUAUUCACUCUCAAAUGAGUCAAGAUGAACGUAUUAAACGCUAUAAAUCAUUCAAAGAUUUUGAUAAGCGUAUUAUGGUAGCUACUGAUAUCUUUGGCCGUGGUAUUGAUAUUGAACGUGUCAAUAUUGUUAUCAAUUAUGAUAUGCCUGACAGUGCUGAUACUUACUUGCAUAGAGUUGGUCGUGCUGGUCGUUUUGGUACUAAAGGUUUAGGUAUUACAUUUGUAUCUGAUGAAAAGGACACCACUGUCUUGAAUGAUGUUCAAAGUAGAUUUGAAGUUAACAUUGCACCUCUUCCCGAGGAAGUUGACAUUAAUAGUUACAUGACCUCUUAA